CUGCUGUGCUUUGUUAGAGCUCAAAUUGAUUGAAAGGAGUGUACCAAUUAAUCACCGGGCAUCCUCUGUUGCUUCUGCUUAAGCAUUUCAUCAAACACUUGACAGACGCGACAAUUGACAAGGUUGGCGGCUCCAUCCAUGGAGCAGCGGGGUGCAGCGGCCAUCAGCGCAGGAGGAAAGCAAGAAUCCCGGCCAGCAUCUCGUCGCUGCCGCGACUCCUCACCGUGGUUCUUACAGCUGCGUCUCAUGCGGCCACAUCGGUCGCGAUGCCGAGGUAAGAAUGGCACGCGGCGGCGGGAUGCAGGCACAGGCGCGCCACCGCGGGAGACGCCCUGGAGAUGUUCGAGGUGCGGGGCCCCUGGCCACCGACGAAGAGGAGGAGAGAUCGGAUACGGUGCGUCGCUGGUGGCUCCGGCGGUUGGACCACGGGCGGCGGCGGCGGCGGCAGUCACGAGUCGAACUCGGAUUGCGUGGUUUCUACGCGGCGGGGCAUCAGGGGUCGAUCUAUAUCUGGCGGGCUGCGGGGAUAGAUCGCACUUUUCCUUCGAUCCUGCGAGCAAGCCGUCCCCUCGAUAGAUCACGCGCGACGUUCCCCUGACGACCUAACAACCCGGCGAGCUUCUCUCGCCGACGGCGAGCAAAGAAUCCGGCGAGUUUCCUCUUUCUUAUCCGAUCAUCAUUUGAAUUUCAGCAUCGCAAUUGUUCUAUUACUACUUGUUUCGCUUGUGCAAUCACUUGGUCUCUCUGUUCUUUGCUGUGUCCUGUGUUUCGCAGAGAUGGCUAGUCAUGUCGCUGCGACCCUGCCGCCGCUGCUUCCUACCCCGGCGCGCUGCCACCUCCUGACGCCUCCUCCGGCAGUGUACACGGCUCGUGUGGAGCUGGACACCAAGAAGCAGCAGCCUGGACGUGCCUCGAUGAGCCGAAGCUGGAUCAGAGACAAGAUCGACCUUCCCGGACGUGCUUCCCGGAGCUCCAGCUGGGCCACUGACAAGACGCUCCGCCGUGCCAAGAGUUUGAACGGCGGCGUCGAGCGCCUCGGCCGCGUGGAGACGCCGAGAGAAAACUGGAAGAGGCCGGCGAGCCGCGCGCCAUCCGUCGACCGGUGCGACAAGAAGCCGAGGCCUCCGACUGAGAUGGUGGCAGCCUCGGAGGAAUCAAUCUCCGCCGGCCCCGCCCCGCCGGCCGGCCGGUUCGAGAAGAAGGCGACGCCUAUGACUGAGAUGGUCGCAGACUCGGUGGUGACGUCCUUCCCUGGCCCUGCUCCGUCGAUCGACCUCUCGGAGAAGAAGGCAGAGCCUACGACUGAGAUGGUGGCAGACUCGGAGGCGGCGACACUCUUCGCUGGUCCUGCGGCGUCGGUUGACCGGUCGGAGAAGAAGCCAAUGCCGCUGGCCGUGGUGGAGGCAUCACCCUUCGCUGGCCUCGCUCCGUUGAUGUACCGGCCCGACAAGAAGCCGAAGGCUCUGGCUAAGAUGGAGGUGGACUCGGAGGCAUCCUUGUUCGCUGGCCCGACAUUCAUGGUGUCGCCGGACCCGAGCGAGCUGCCCAUGCCGACCUUCAUCAUGUCGCCGGAUCCGAGCGAGCUGCCCAUGCCAACCUUCCUCCAUAAGCACAAGGUCGCUAAAGUGUUAGCUAGACUAGUCGCUCCGAUGCUCAUUGAUCAGCAAGAUUGAAGCUGCUUUCAGUGUGUAGCUAGGUGGAGUAUGCUGAUCAGCAAGAUUGAAGCUGUUUUCCGUCUGUAGGCUGUAGCUAAGUGGAGUAUGCUGAUCAGCAAGAUUGAGGCUGUUUUCAGUAUGUAGCUAGGUGGACAUGAUUAAUACAAUCACCAUUUAGUAUUAUGGAGCUUGGCACUGAUCUUAUCUGCGAUGGCAUGAAAUGAUGGUGUUGUGCAUUCUGCAAAUAAGUGUCUGCAAAGUGCAAACAGAGACAUUUUCGCAAACACCUUCAGGGCGUGAGCUGACCAGCCUCCUUGGGCCGCGUGGUGACUAGCUUUGACAUGCUGCCAUCCUUUGGACGAGCUCCGUCAACUGCUUGACCGCCGUGACCCGUGAGGCCGUGCGCGUCAGCGGUUGCCGCGUUGGAGGGGUUGCGGCUUGCAGGAGUAGCAGGUGUCUUUGCCCAGUAAGUGUUCGACGAAACGCGCCGGCGCCCUAGCAUCAGUUGCCGCAGGGCGGGCAGCCGCCGGAGCCGCGUUCCCCGACCCCGCUGACGUCCCCGCCGCGUCGGCGUACAACCGGUGGCUCUCCCCGUCGCUGCGGCCCCCGGCUCACCCGCAGGUGCGUCUCACGUCGCCCAGCGGCCAGAUCCCACCCCCCAACGCGCCCGCCCUCCUCGCCAUCU